AUGGAACGACUGCAGCAUCGAACGCUACUUCAAGCCGCUCAAGAAGGCCGCUUCGCUGCGCAGGACUCCGAACUCCACAUCUUUCACUCGGACACGGAUCUCAAGAGCUCGCACGAGGAAGUGCAUCAGUCCGCAUGCGAGGAGAAAGAUCAUCUCCCUCCGACAUUCACGUCAGGGCUGAACGGCUGCAACGGUCCUGGUAGCCGGCUUCGUCUACUCCUCCAACGAAGCCGACCGCCACAUACCAGCGGUAAACCCGAUUCCCUUCCUUUCGCCUCCGCCGCCUCCCUGAACACCAUCUUCGAGACUCUCAACCUCCCCGGAUCGUACCUCCAAAUCGCCGACGGCUUCCUCUCCACAGCUCAAGCCCACAUCACCAAUGAUGCCAAGCGCGACGCAAUAGCCUUUCAACUAAUCGUCUACUGCACAAUGAAACAAGGCGACUGGUCCCUCGCCCUCUCCCACCGCGCUUCAACCAUGGAUACCGCAGUCUUCUGCAGUCUCGAUCAAAAGCUGAAUGGCCAACACCUCGUAGACGACCUCCAAUCCCUCCAGCAAUACUCUUUCCACCCGAUGGUGAUUCCCUGUAUCAUGUUCGAAACCGUCUUGAACAUGGGGAUCGAAAGGCGGAAUUCGAUCAAAAGCCGGCUUCAGACUCUCGAACAUACUAUGACGCAGAUGAGUAGAGAGGCCACAUCGGAAUCCCUUGUGGAUGUUGGGUCCGAGUCUGAUCAGCAAGACUCUUGGAUUCAACUCUCUGACCUCCUCGCGAGCUGUCGUCGGGAUCAGCUGGGCUUGAAGUAUACUCACGAGAUCCUCCUCUCCGCUGCGGUGCCGAACGAUGCCCAAUCGGAAGUCCACGCGGAACUUCGGCAGUGGGUGGAUUUGACGUGGCAGAAGCUCAAUAGUCUCAUGGCGAGGGAUAAGGAUCAUAUCAAUCGGGUGGAGAAUGUGUCGACGCUGCUGUAUAGUCUGGUCCAACAACGGGACAUCCGAUUACAGUCCAGUAUUGCAAAGGCAACGCAGAGGGAUAGUCGGGAUAUGAAGUUCAUCGCGGUAUUGGGGUCGGUGUUUUUGCCGGCGAGCUUGGUCGCGGCGAACGGAACGCUCGACCUACGGCGCGCUACCUCGAGCUUGUAG